GCGCUGUGGAAGGAAGACGAAUUUUUGUGUGAUUUCCCGCAGCUACAGCGUCGAUGAGAAGCAGUCGCGGAUCUCCAUUCUAGGUGAAUGGAUUGGCAUGGGGAGAAGCGGACUUCAGAUCACGGCUAAGCGGCAGCUUUGGGACUGUGUAACGAUCAUCAUGGUUUUACUAUCGCUGCUGUUUCGACCAGCUCAUUGCCAGCAGUGUCGGAUCCAGCGAUGCAACACAGACUAUGUGGCUUCUACCUCGACGUCCGGUGGGCUGCAGGAGGAAGUGGCCCAUGACGUGGACUACUGCAUCGCUUUGCGCGCCUACUCCCUGUGCACCCGCAGGCAGGCGCGUAGUUGCCGGGGCGACUUGGUGUACCACUCGGCCGUCUUUCGCAUCAAGGAGCUCUUUUCCCAGUAUAACUGCUCUAGCGAUGGGCCCACCUCCUCCGCCAAAGCUCCCAGCACCUCCAAGCCCUCAGUGUCCGAGCAGUGCAACUAUGAGAACCGAGUGUUGCUGUCUGGACCAGCCGCUCAACAGAAAAAGUACGCUCAUUGUGGAUUAUUUGGAGACCCACACCUGCGGACUUUCAGAGACGAGUUUCAGACCUGCAAAGUGGAGGGGGCGUGGCCUCUGAUCGAUAACAGAUACCUGUCCGUGCAGGUGACCAAUGUGCCUGUGGUCCUAGGCUCCAGUGCCACAGCAACUAGCAAGAUCACAGUGAUCUUUAAAGCCUACUUGGGUUGCACAGAUCAGAAGGUUUAUCAGGCCACCACUGAAGACCUGCCACUAGCCUUCAUGGAUGGCUCUCGCAGUGGGGGAGAGAGCCUCACCAUUGUGGAAAGGGGUGGUUCUGGUGUGGGGCGCCAGGUGAAAAUCCAGGCCAGAUACAUGGGCACUUCCAUCAUUAUCCGACGCGUGGGCAGCUACCUGACCUUCGCCAUCCGCAUGCCUGAGGACCUUCUGGACUUUUCUGAGGACAACAGCGGGCUGCAGCUGUGCCUGCACGGCUGUCCGCGUAAUGAGCUCAUCAAAGAGCACAUGCUGGGCCGGGGGCGUGUCCCGGGCAGCGCACAGGGCACUAACACAGAGCUGGGCCCUCCGAGGCCCCCCCACCAAGUCUACACUGUGGAGCGUGCCACAGCCAAGUGUAGAGAGACUCUGCAGGUGGAGGAUGUCUACUUCCAGUCGUGUGUGUUCGACCUGCUGACCACUGGAGACCCUGAAUUCUCCAUGGCAGCAUUUGGUGCGCUGGAGGACCUAAAGGCACUGCCACCAAGCAAAUUAAAGCAGAACUCUCCCAGGACUCCACGUCUAUACAGCCACGCUGUGUCCUCACAAACACACAGCCAGGCUCUUCUGCCUUUGCUCCUCCUCAUUCUGCUGCUCUUGUAAAAAUGUAUAAAGAGAAAGGAUUUAAACAAAGAUGCUUGGAAACACACAACAUGGAAGCAUUACCAGCUUGAGGAAAGAGUGACUUGAGUGAACAGACUCUUUAUAAAGUGUAUUCUCCUGGAAUCUGUGAAUGUAUCAUUUUCUCCAUUUGAAGGAUUUCACACUGGUGAGAGUUGUUCUGUGGAUUUAAACUUCACUCUCUGGACUGACAUAGCAACUAUCAGUCCACUAUCUUACAGUUAACAGUGGGAUUCAUACAUGUAAAUAUCAGCCCCAAACUCAUCAGUGACUUCUCAUUUCUGAAUAUUAUAAUUUAUGUCUCAGUCAAACAUUUCUCAAUAGAAUUUAUCCAUGUUCAAUGCACAGGAUCCAACAACUGUUUGUAAAAACUACCUAUUCAUAAUCUGCCAUGAGCCAGAGAGGCACUCAGCAUUUCUGUGACACACUCCAUCUUCAAGCUGCUUGGCUUCCUGUUCUAAACGUAAACAAACAAACAAAUCUUUAUAUAAUAAUAUAUUGAAAGAGUGUAUAUAAGUGUUUUAUAUGUGUACAUUUGCCUGUGUAUAGACUUUUAACUGUAACAUGUUUUGUAUUUGUUGUGAAUCGUAGGUUAUUUUGUGUUAUCUUAAAGUAAACUAAUGUGCUGUGGUGUUUAUGUAAUUUUCUGUAUUAAAAUGUUGGACACUCCAUA